AUGGCAGGCAUUUGCGGAAGUGAUGUUCAUCGACUUUCAGGAGAUAUUCCAGAACCGCUGAAGCCUAUAUGUUUCGGACAUGAGGUUGUUGGGAAAAUAGUCGCACUUGGUGGACCAAAUGCAGCAGGAUUUCGCGAAUACGCGACGCUCGGUCCCAGAUGUACCUAUAUUCGCAUCCCCUCUGGUACAAGUCCCGAGUCUGUCAUCGCCUUUGGCUGCGCAAUGCCCACAGCGUUAAGAGGGAUUGGCAAACUCGGCCCCAUUAAUUCUCAGACAGAUGUUGUGGUUCAGGGUGCGGGUCCUGUGGGACUGGCAGUGACUUUUCUUGUGAGCCUCGCAGGUGCUCGAACCAUCACUGUCAUCGGCGACCCUGCACAUCGAUUGGAGAUCGCUCGCUCACUCGGAGCUACGCAGACUCUGUCGAUUAGCGAGAGUGGAGUAGAACAGAGACAUGAAAAGAUCAAAGCAUUCACAAACGGUCGUGGGGCGUCUAUGGUGAUAGAGGCCUCAGGGUCCAAGGCAGCUUUUCCUGAAGGUUUCAACUUACUUGGAAUGAACGGGAAAUACCUCAUCCUCGGACUGUACUCUGGAAAGGCCGAAGCAGUGAUCGAUCCUGUACGCAUCAACAACUACAAUCUACACAUCAUUGGAAGCUUGGGCAUUGAAACAGAGAACUAUCUAAAGACGGUUGAGCUGGCAACAGUGCAUGGAAAACUUCGAGACAUGGAUCGCUUGAUAACCCACCGCUUCCCUCUUUCUUCAAUCGAGGACGCCAUUCAGUCAGUGGCUCAAGGAAUCCCCGCAAAAGCCGUGAUUGUGCCAUGA